CUGUUCUCUCUCUCUAUUUUUACCGCUUGUUAGACUCAUUACUCUGACACAAGCCCCCCCCAAUCUAUCUCUCCCCUCACGAUCGUUCUAGACGUUGCGCCGCGCCGUGCCGCGCCGCCGAUCUCCACGAUAUUUCUAUCGUUUAAUAUUGACAGCCGACGAAAAUUUCACGAAACAACAUACAUUCACGUACCCGCCACCGUCUGCUCAAAUUCACUUAUACGCAAUUCGUCCUAUCACUUUGCGCCGCCUCCGUAGCAGGGUUUAGCACCGCGGACAUCUCUCAAGUUCGCAUGCCUCUGCUCGAGCAUUAAUCAAAUUCCAUCAAAGAAUUUCAUUUUGGGCUUAUUUUGCAAACCUGUUGGCAGAGCUGUCUUGCGACAGCGCCUGUUUAAGUCUUUUCCAGAUGUUUCGCCAGAGGACAAGCUCACAAAAGCCUGGCGAUGAGUUGCUUGCCAAUUUCCGACAACAGUUUCCUGAGAUCACGUCGGUAACCUCGUCUUCGGCGCCAGGAGUGCCAGCACCAAAUAUUGUAACUGCUGACAACUCGGUUCUUGUUCCGCCGGGCCAAGAACACACAAGUCAAGAUGUGUUCCGAGAUCAGGAUCCUACACCGCGGGCUUCGGGUGCGGAAUGGAGGUUUACCCCUUCGUUGCUAGAUCCCAACUCCUUCUCCUUCAGCACAUUUGCAAACCAACCGCCGGGUUAUUACACGCCUACACCCGGCGGCACCAAUACGCUUUACCACCCGCAAGCAGGCGACUUGCAUACGCCGUCAUUGGGUCUAGGGAUGGGACUCGGAACUCCGUUAUCACUUCCUACAACUGAAAGUACCAUACAGGCCGGACCAGCUUUAAUGGAUCUCACUCAGUUUCAUCACGGCAUACCGCCGCAUCAAUUCCCACAGUCUUACAACCCGUUUAUCCAGCCGACUCCUCCCCAAGCUUCGUUUGCACCUUCAUCAUUUGUGCACCAGGAUACCGGCUACGAAACGAUGGAUCACGACGGGUCGCCUUUCGAUUCUGAUAGUCACGAGGAUCAUAUAGGCUCUAUGGGUGCGACAUUCCACUCACAGUCACCGCCUAAUAUUAUUGGUUUCCAACAUAGACAAUUUGGCGCCCCCAUGACUCACUUACUGCCACCUUCGGCCGACAAGUUCCGUUUCCACUCGACUCUGAACGCUCCAACGGCGAUGAUCAAACACGCGGAUGAGAUUCCGGUGACGUACCUGAACAAGGGACAAGCUUACUCGCUGGCAGUAAUCGAUACCACGGCAAGUAUGCCCAUUAUUCCUGGCACGAAAUAUCGAACGUUCGUACGCAUCUCCUUCGAAGACGACCAACAACGACAAAAGCCUGGCGUCUGCUGGAGCCUAUGGAAAGAAGGCCGGGGGACCAAUGAGGCGCACCAGCGAGGUGGGAAGCUACAGGCAGUCGAGUAUGUUGAGGCCGGGCAACCAGCUGAGGGCGAUGACAAGCGAACCCGUAUCGAACUUGAGACGGCCUCCUUUAAUGGGUUCUCAGUCGUCUGGACUCCAGGUGUUAAUGGUGCCGCGGAGUGCAACAUCGCGGUCCGCUUCAACUUCCUCUCGACGGACUUUAGUCAUUCUAAAGGUGUCAAAGGCAUUCCAGUAAGGCUAUGUGCCAAGACGAGCAUUUUAUCGGCGACCGACUCGCCUCCCUUGCCAGACCCGACGUCCGAAAUCUGCUACUGCAAAGUAAAGCUCUUUAGGGACCACGGAGCAGAACGAAAACUUUCUAACGAUGUUGCGCAUGUUAAAAAGACAAUUGACAAACUCAAGCAACAGAUUGCUCAAGCAGAAAGCGGGGCGAAAGAUUUUGGGAAACGCAAACGAGGUGGUGGCUCGCACAUUAAGAGCCAAGACCAUCAACGUCCAGGGAAAGCCCCGAAGCAUAAAAGAACCUGGUCGAUGUCAUCAGCCAGCUCCGCGGGCGGGGGUGGUGGUAAUACACGACCCUCGCUUGAGGAUGACUUGCAUUUCAAACUUCAGACACUACAGGAUAUGUUCACAAGCACGCGGCCUGUGAGCAUCUUGUACUUACGCGGCGACGAUUUAGAUGAUCCAGACUUGCACCCUGUGAGCCUCCCUGGGGAACCAACCGAUCUUACCAAAGUCGACCCUAAAGACGCCGCUGCAUGGCAAAUCAGAAGCGUGCGAAGUUCGGUAGCCGGUUCUUCACUCGUCUCUCCUUCUCCUAGUUCUAUGUCUUUGCAUUCACAACCGACCAAUGCCACUCAAUGGAACGAUUUCCCAAGUAGCGGGGAGCCAUCAGCUUCCCGAAGAGCGUCUGAGAUGCCUGUAAAGGUGCCCAAAACAGAUGAUGCCGGGAAUUUGAGUGGCUGGAUAGAAGCACUUGGAGUCGAUCCAACAUACAAACCACCGACCGAGAGGCCUGUGAAGCCCGUCGCCUGUUUCUACAUUGCCAGACGGCAUCGACCCGAGCCAGAGAAACGUGAACUUCACCGAGCGAUAUACCUAACCCAGAGAACAGUAUCGGAGUUUGUGUCGCGAAUUUCGGCUAAGUGGGCUAUCGACCCCUCAUCUAUUGUGCGGGCUGUCCAUGUCCUCGAGAGUGGGUUGGAAGUAGAAAUAGAUGACGACGUGAUCCAGGCUGUAUCUGAAGGUCAGGAUAUGACGCUUGACGUUGCCGAGGUCGAUCGAAGUGUACCUCAACCCAAGCGAGAAUGGGAGAUGAUGGCCGUCGAUGCCCCUGAUGGUGACAGAGCCUCGACGCACAGCGCGUUUCGAACAACAACAGGCUACGAACUACGACUUACUUUUUAAUUUCUACGGGUGUUGAAGGGUUUAUGGUGUGGAGUUUAUUAUUACUUUCAAUGGUUAUACACUAGGGCGGGAAGAUAGUCCUGGAACCGGUCUGCGCCUUUUUAUUUGACGAACAUGAAUAUUUAUACCCAACGAACAACCGGCGGAAUUUUGAUUUAUUAUAUAUGGAGUUCGAACGGCACAUCAAAAGAUACCAUGCCCUUUAAGGGCAGCUUUGUUUCUCUUCGAUCCCUCUGUUGUGACGGACCGACGUUCGGGUCUUUUAGACU